GACUGAGCAUACAGUCUAGUGGAUACACCCUGCCAUGCAUGGUCAUGGGUCAGGAGGGGGUACCAGGGAGAGUGUUGAGAUAAUGCUUGACAAAUACAAGUGGGCUUGGCUGUGGAGAACGAGGAUAUAUAUCAGUCUACAAGUAAAGCAAGGGAUCAGAGGGUCCAAGGCAAAGUCCAGUUUCAAAGUAGGUUGCACCUGGCUUUAUCUGAGAAUGAGCGUGCUGUAAGGACCAGACAAAAGCACCAGGGCCACCAGUAUUCCUACAGUAGCUUGAUAUCCGAGGUCAGAAAAGUACUACAUAAGCCAGAAUGGGGGAUGCACUGACUUUGAGUCUCGUGGGUCUCUUGCGAGCAAUUUCCCUGAUCUAUGAUAUUUUGGCCUUUAUUCCAUACUACCUCUUUUUCAACCCCAGGAAGCAGCUUCAAGAAUCACGCAAAGUCAAGGCACGUCCAAUCUCCAGUGAUCCAUUUGCCCCAUGGCGAUCUGUGGAUGUUCCGGGGGAGUUGACCACCACUCUGUUUCCUGAGUGUGUUACUCUUGAUGACCUGUUUGUAAGGGCUGUGAAGUUGUAUGCUAAUGAAAAGUGUCUUGGAACAAGAGAGCUUUUGAGAGAAGAGGAUGAGAAGCAGCCAAAUGGACGUGUGUUUAAAAAGGUGGUGCUUGGUGAGUACGAAUGGCUCACAUAUGAAAGGGUAUAUCAGAGGAUAUCCAACUUUGGAAGUGGCAUCCUUGCAUUGCGUCAGAAGCCACGGUCAAAACUGGUCAUCUUUGCCGAGACACGUGCUGAGUGGAUGAUCGCAGCACAAGCAUGCUUCAAGUACAACUUUCCAGUUGUGACCUUGUAUGCCACUCUGGGUCAAGAGGCCAUCAUACAUGGUAUCAAUGAAACGGAUGUGACGCAUGUCAUCACUAGCAUGGAUUUGCUAAGCAAAUUUGAUGGAAUUCUUGACCGGAUGCCAAAAGUAACACACUUGAUCGUGAUGGGGGGUGAUAAGCAGAAGAUGCAACUGAAACAGAAGCCUGAUCAUGUGUCUUUGCUAACAAUGGACCAGGUAGAGACGGAGGGUUUUCGCCCAGAAAACAUCCAAACUCCAGUAACAAAACCUUCCCGCGAGGACAUUGCUGUAAUCAUGUACACAAGUGGCUCCACAGGGCUGCCAAAAGGAGUAGUGAUCACUCAUGGAAAUCUCAUGUCCGGCAUGUCUGGACAAUGCCAGAGGAUUCCAAACCUUGGCUAUUCCGAUGUCUUCAUUGGUUAUCUCCCCCUUGCUCAUGUUCUGGAACUGAGUGCUGAGUUAUCAUGUCUUGCACAUGGCGUUCGUAUUGGUUAUUCAUCACCGUUGACCCUUACGGAUCAGUCCAGCAAGAUCAAGAAAGGCAGCAAAGGAGAUGUGUCUGAGUUAAAGCCCACCCUAAUGGCUGCAGUACCUGUGAUCAUGGACCGUCUGUACAAGGGAGUUUGGGAGAAGGUAAACUCAGGGGGUCCUGUGAGCCGUGCUGUCUUCCAGUUUGCUUACAACUACAAGCGGCGGCAGCUGGACCGGGGAUAUGAUACACCUUUGCUUAACAAAGCAGUUUUUACGAAAGUAAAAAUGUUACUGGGUGGAAACAUCAGAAUGAUGCUGUCAGGUGGAGCACCCCUUUCAGGAACCACCCAACGCUUCAUGCACAUCUGUUUUUGUUGCCCAGUUGCACAAGGUUAUGGUCUGACAGAAACCUGUGGAGCUGGCACUGUGGCAGCAACAACCGACCUGAGUGUGGAGCGUGUUGGUGCACCCCUAAUAUGCUGUGAAUUUAGACUACGAGACUGGCCAGAGGGUGGUUAUUUGAACACUGAUAAGCCAUGUCCUCGUGGGGAGAUCCUUAUAGGAGGAGGUAAUGUGGCCCAAGGUUAUUACAAACUGGAAGAGCAAUCCAAAGAGGAUUUUAUCAGCAUAGACGGAGUGAGAUACUUUUGUUCAGGCGACAUCGGGCAGUUUGACAGUGAUGGCUGCCUCCGAGUCAUUGACCGGAAGAAAGAUCUAGUGAAGCUGCAGAUGGGAGAGUAUGUGUCGCUCGGCAAGGUGGAGACAGUGCUUAAAAUGUGCCCACUUGUGGACCAAGUGUGUGUGUGUGCUCAUAGCGACCAGAACUUCACCGUAUGUCUGAUUGUGCCAAACCCUCGUGGCCUGGACACACUGGCUGCCAAAGCAGGACUUGGAAACAUGGACCUUCAGACACUGUGCAAAAAUCCCAAGAUAACACAAGAGAUCACCAAUAUUCUCAAUAAGCAUGCUACAACCUCAAAGCUGGAAAAGUUUGAGAUCCCUCAGAAAUACACUCUCGUCCCAGAGCCAUGGUUGCCAGAUACUGGACUUGUUACUGAUGCAUUCAAGUUAAAGCGCAAGAACAUUGACCAGCACUUCAAGAAUGAGAUUGAUACGAUGUAUUCUUUGUAGAGCCAGUCACUGUUGUGUGGAAUCUAAUUCCUGGAGAAUUUCAGACACUAAGAGUAGGGAGAAGGCAUGUUGUGCCAGUAUUUGCUAACUGGUGCAAAGGAAAAAAAGUCAGUGGUGCAUGUGCCAUAUAAAAGGAUUCUUAAGACUGGCUUUCUAAAAUUUUAUUGUAACCUUCCUUCAAACUGCAAGUGACCUAUUGAGCUGUUGGAAUAUUGGUGUUUCUGCAUAGCAUUCUUUCUGCUGUCUGAGAUUGAAGUGUGUACAAGUCCUUGGGUGCAGAUCUUACAUCAUGCAAAUCGUAACAAUGGUACUUUUGUUUCUUUUCCUUGUGUGACAUGCCCAUGCAUAAUUUUAUUUUACAUUGACAGAUCUGUUGUUUUUUUGUUUCAUUCACCUGUCUUCUAAACAAGCACAUAUGUCCUCUGGAGCUGGUGUGUAUUUUGUGUGUGUGUGUGCACAUCCAUUCGCGUAGCAUUGAACAGAGCUUUUGUGGCUGGGUUAAACUGUUUAUAAACAGGAUCAUGAUGCUGCUAGCUUCCCUUUUUUUUUUCUUUUUUUUAGGGAGAAUGUUUUUCAGCAGUUCCGAGAAUGGGUUUUGUCUCAUUUUUGUUUGAACACCUUUUGAGUCAUAUUUUGAUGGACUGUUUGAUUUGUAUGUUGGAUUUUAUAUCUUUUUCUUCUUUUUAAGUUUUAAAGAAUCUUCCUAGCCAUCAUCCUCUUUCGCACAAGUUCAUCCACAGCCAUUUGAACAGAUCUAGAAUUUUCCUCUUCCUGUUUUGUAAAAUGUUUGUGGUGAUAUACUUGGUUGUUGUAUGUGGAAAAUGUAUUUUGUGAUUGUUUAAGGGUUUUACUCAAGUUAAAAUUACCUCUCUUUCUCUCUUAGUCACAAGUGACUGCUUAAUAACACCUCAGCAUUGUUUAGUAACAAUAGUUACUGCAAGUGUCAGUAAUUAUAUCCCACAGAUAUUGUGUUCACAUUUGUUUACAUGUGCAUAUUGAUGCAUUCACUCAGUCCUGCUACACCUAAAGAAAGUAGUAGACAGGCAUUCAUGACACUGAAUCAUGGUAGUCUUGCUCAUGUCCACACACCUUACAGAUUCCACAAGGCCAAGGAAAGUGUUGUAAAGAAUUCUUCUUUGGAGGGAAAUUUACAGUCUCAACCACUGGAAGUUUUGAUUUUAUCACUUUCCAUCUCUUGUUUAAAGAGUUCAGGACCUUUUUGAAAACUUUUUAUUUUGUUUCUUUAUUUUUUUACAUAAUUAUUUGCCAAUGCACUAGCAAGGAAGAACAUAUUUUUGGUGACGUUUUGCUUGGUUGUGUUUGCAGAUUUUUUUUUUUUUUGGAGUGGGGGGGUUGAUUUUUAUUUUUGUUUGGUUUUUUCUUUUUAUGAAGCACCCUAUAGCACGUUUAUAACUUUCAUUAUAUUGGCUUUAGAAGAGUGUAAAUUGUGGGAGCUUUAUAAGGGUGAAGAUUCAAAAGCAAAUUGUGAACAAAUGUGUUAAAGCAAAAUUCCUAUAAAUCAUGUACUAGCUUUUUGUAUUGCAUCUCUGAAAUUUUGUGUAGCCUUAAAUAUUAGGACUAUUCAUUGGUUCCAUGCAUGUCAUUGUUUUACCUACAGCUAUUAAUUUUGCGCUGAUGGGAAUGUCAUAAAAGCACAACACAAUAUAAUUUGAUGUCUGUUUGACCAUUAUCAAGCCAGUACAGACUUGUGUAAAUUUGUAUUUCUAGUACAAUUUGUUUGCAUGGUGCUAAAUGGUGAACAUGUCUGUCAGAAAUAUUUCCAGUGUAUGUUAUAAUUUUGUUUUUAGUUUUGUAUUUGUUGUGUAAUAUAUUUACAAAUAUGUAUGCUCAUAGGCAUGUCUGCUGCAACUCUUGUGGAUAAUGUGUAUGUCAAGUAAUUUGAAAGGAAAGUGAUAAAAUCAGGGAAAGGGGGCAAACUUAUACAAUUUCCCAUGUUUGGAAUGAUGGUUGAUGCAUAUGUUGUGCAGAAUAGUAUUUUAAUACUUAUAUUUAGAUGGGGCAGUGCUUCAGAGAUUUUUGCAUAGGUCCCUCAUUGUGGAGAUAUCUGUGGGAGAGAUAGGAACAGUGCUUUAAGAAACAAAAAUGUUACAACAUUGAUCAUGUGAAAGUAGAACAUCAAGAAAAUAUCCAUGUAACAUUUAGUGAUUUAGCUAAAAGGGUUGUUCAAAAUUUUGAAGAUCAGAGAUGGAAAUGAAGAUGGGACCUCCCCCAACCCCCACCUUGAAGAUCUUUAAUUUUGACCAAAAAAUGUGUUUCCUCCCAUUUACCAUUAAGGCAUGAAAGUAUGAAUCUUUAGAUCUCUGUGUGUUUCUUCCAUGUUAGAAUAUAUUUUGUUUUUGAAAAAUGGCAUUAUUUUUAUAUUUUAUAUUUUUGUUUUAACUGGGUUUACUCUGCAGACUGCAAAAGAAUAAUGAAUUGCAGUGAAGGAUUCUUAGAAAAUUCAAUCAUGUCAUAUUUUUGACUUUUUUUUUUUUGCUUCUCUUCUUUCUCCUGUCCCAUGGAGAAUGAAAUAUUUGUUUCCACAACUAAGCCUGAAGGAGCUCUUGUGUGAUCUGCUGCUACUUCAUCAGCACUCUGUACCCCACUUUCCCAUAGUCUCAGAAUCAAAGACCAGCAGGCAGACUGGCAUAGUUUGGUGAGGCUUGGACUAGAGAUCAAGAUAAUUGGGUGCUGGUUUAAUCUUAGUUUGGUGGUACAGCGAAGAAAAAAAAAGGUUGUUGCCAAGUGAGGAUUAUAGGGCCAUGUGUUGGGAUCUCACACAAGCAAAGUUUCUUGGAAUGUAGCACCUGCUACAGGGCCAAACCAGCACCCGUAGAUGCUGCCUUAUUAUUUCAGGUGUGCAUAAACAUAAUUGUGUCAACUUAUUCUCAAUGGGCUGUUCAUAUUGAUAUAUAUCAACACUUUUUGAAAUGAAGCCUUUGCAUAAAGCUUGGCAUAUUUUUAGCAUUUACAAUCCACUUGAUUGUACUUGUCAACCUAGAAGUCCCCUUAAGCAGUCUAUCUGGCAUGGAUGUUAAUCACUGCUUUUAAACAAUUCUCAUUAACUUUUGCCUGCUUAAAUUUUGCCUUUGAACUUUGGUACAAAAUGAUCACUUUAACAUUGAAAGGGAAACAGUGAACAAGUCCACACGAGAAAACUGUACUCACAUAUUUGUAUCUACAAGAUUGUGUACAGUGGGCAGUACUAUAGAAGAGAAAGCUCAGGGAAUUUUUUUCCCUUCACAAUUUUUACAUGGUUGGAUUUUCUUUUUCUUUUUGCAGAAUCUGUUAAACAGCUCCAGUGUUUAAUACAUGUUAAAUGUCAUGCUAUUUCUGUCUGAUUUGUACCAAAUCUCAUAACACAGUCGACUCAUCAUUUAUGCUUAUUCAAAGUAUGUGAAUUGAAUUAAUGCAUUAAGAUCUAUAUAAAAAAUAGUGUGACUUGCAGGAGAAAUGUUCUUGAUCUUGAUGUUCUGUUAAACAUCAUAUAUUGGAGUUUUCUCCAUGAUGGCUUCAUGUAGGAGGGGCAGUUUUUGAUGUUUAUAAUCUUAAGUAAUUUCCAGCAAUACACCUGCAUUGAAGUUAAGCUGACAUAAAAAAAAAAUUUACUAGGUUUUUCUAAGAAGUGAAUAAUUUAAUUGUUCAUAAGUCUGCCUUUGUCCUCUUGCUGACAAGUCUUAUACUGCACCAUGCUUUCAAAAAACACUUUUAAUGUUCACUUCCCCCAUAAAUGUCAAACAGACAAAAAUGUCAGACAGUAAUGCAUAUGAUUACAGUGAAUUGACAGCUUGCAUGAAAAGAAAGUGGUACAAAUGAAAGCAUAAGAGCAAUUUGUAAGUGUAAAAAGUGAUAAGAGUGUGAAAGCCCUUAACCAAUAUUAUGAAAAAGUUCUUUUUACAUGUUACAAAUAAUCAAAUUACACAUGGUCCUUCUGGAAUGCAACCCAUGCAUAAAUCAUGAGUCACCUGUGCUGUCUUGAUGCCUUUCUAAUCCAGAGCUGUGAAUUUUUUGGUGUUAAAUCCUGUUAAAAUGGGUUAUCUUUGCAUUAUCCUGUCUGAACCAUUGAUUUUGUGUCCUUCACUGUAUCCGAGUGUUUGCAUGUAAAUGUGUGCACAUUUUUGUGUGCAUGAAUGCAAAAGUGCACUUGCUGAUGUUAGAGAAUUACUUGUCAGGCGAGCUAAGUGUUUUACCUAUAGUUUUUGAUGUAGGGGUGGUCUUCACCAUAUAUAAAACUGUGUAUCGGGAUGUUGCGUUUAAACAUUAUCAUUUAAAAGGUGUGCCAUGCAGUUUCUUCUGAGCAUCUGUCUAAAUGUUCUGUACAAAGGUGUUCCAUAUAGUCUCUUCUGCACCACUAUGCUACUAAUUUUUUCGUUGAGAGGGAUCAUAAUAAAUAUAGGGUCUUAAUAUUACAGCAGUUUAUACAAGAGAAUUCAACUUGAGAAUCGGAGACAGCACUUGAAAGUGCUGAAAGAAAAUAUUAGCCCACGAAUUUACUGUCACAGAGAUGACCCUCGUCAGUAGGUUUUGCAUUUGUUCUGAAUACUUGGGAAGUUGUUGCUAAACAGCUAUCACCACAUCCUUACUAUUAUUAUUGUUGUUGAUAUACCUUUAAAUAUUAUUGUUUCUGUACACACACAUGCAAAUUUGUUGUGCUUCAUUAUUUUUUUUUUAACAUGACAAGUCCACUUUAGGAGAGGAGAACUAUAUCUAUAUUUAGUUAUAUGCUCAUGCUUUGUGUGAUACGAUCUUACCAUUAAAAGGGCAAUUCCCAAUAUAUUGCCAA